CGUAAUCUUCACUAACCCUCAGACUCCUGUAUUGUUUUUUUAGGUUCUGGUUGGAGUCAAAAUGCAACGUCCACUUGUGACCAUUCAGCAUGUAGGUGGUGUUAGCGAAGGCGAUGUGAACGUCGAGCUCCCAGCUGUUUUCUUGUCCCCGAUACGCAGUGACCUCGUUAAUACCAUAUACUUCAGCAUGGCAAGAAACAGUCGCCAGCCAUACGCCGUUUCCCCUCAUGCCGGUGAACAGACAUCCGCCAAAUCCUGGGGUACAGGUCGAGCCGUUUCACGUAUUCCUCGUGUGUCUGGAAGUGGGACCAACAGAUCUGGUCAGGGUGCAUUUGGAAACAUGUGUCGCGGCGGCAGAAUGUUUGCCCCCACUAAAAUUUGGCGUCGAUGGCACCGUCGUAUCAACCGCAAGCAGCGGCGUUAUGCAGUUUGCUCCGCGCUUGCCGCGUCGGCUGUCCCGUCUCUCGUACAAGCUCGAGGUCACCGCAUCUCAGAAGUCAAGGAAAUCCCUUUGGUCGUCUCUAAAAGCUCCUUCGCCGACAUUGUAAAGACCAAACGAGCAGUCAGCCUCCUCAAAGCCAUUCAUGCCUACGAAGACGUUCAAAAAGUCAUCGACAGCAAGACCUUCCGAGCUGGAAAAGGACGCCGCCGUAACCGACGCUACGUCCAACGACGUGGUCCCUUACUCGUGUAUGAUGACGAAAAGGUCUUCAAACCCUUCAGAAACAUCCCGGGUAUCAACAUCGUCAACGUGCACUACCUCAACAUCCUUCAAUUAGCACCUGGAGGCCACGUCGGGAGAUUUAUCAUAUGGACCGAAGGCGCAUUCAAAGCACUUGACCAAAUUUUCGGUAAACCAGGACAACCAUCUCAAUUCAAGUCUGGGUUCAUCCUUCCGCGCCCAAAAAUGACUCACACCGAUAUCUCUAGGAUUGUCUACUCCCCGGAAGUGCAGACCGUCCUGAGACCGAAGGUUAGGCCCGCCCCCGCGCCAAAGAGAGUCAACUUAUGGAAAAACACCAGUGCUCUAGAAAAAGUCAAUCCUUACAUGGCCAUGCUGAGGAACAGGCGUAAACUCCGCAGAGAACAAUUCUUAAAGAAACUAAGAGACGAAAAAUUGGGCCCAGAAAUCAUCAAAAAGAGAAAGGACAACAAACGCAUCCAAAGGCGUAAAGCCAUCGAACGACGAAAGGCCAUGAUGGAUUACAUCUCCCUCUUCAAACCGCAAUAAACCUUUGCAUAAAACAACCUCUACACAAACACGCACAAAAAAAAUAA